AUGUUAAAGACACUUCUCGUGGUAUUUAUCCACGGAUUUAAAGGCAGCGACGACACCUUCGGCAAUUUUCCAGAGCAUCUGCGUGUUCUAGUCAACAGGGCACUUCCAGCUGUCAAGGUCGCAACAACUGUGUAUCCGAAGUUUGAAACACGAGGUCAAUUAGGAGAAGCCGUGGGGAGAUUUCGGGAAUGGCUUCAGAAUACCGUGAUCGAUUUGGAAGUUCAAAAUCAAACCGCGUCGCCCACCGUUGAUCCAUCUGUUCAUGUAUUUCUCGUUGGACACUCCAUGGGAGGGAUCGUGGCAGCAGAGACAUUGCUGUUACUAGCAGGUGAACAGCCCGUUCCGCACAACCCAGGGUCAGACUCUCAGCCAGGGCCCCAAGCCGACGAUCAUGCGCCCGCCGUGGAACCCGGCACAUUCAUGUUUCCUCACAUCCAAGGAGUCUUUGCCUUUGACACUCCAUAUUUGGGCAUUGCUCCAGGUGUGGUAGCGCAUGGUGCAGAGGGACACUAUCGAAAUGCCACAACAGCAUAUAAUACCUUUUCAGAAGUUGCAGGGCUGUUCGGAUACGGGGGCAAGGAGGGUGAACCUGGAGGAACUGCUUCUGCCACAGCCGCGAAGGAGCCUCCGAAAGCUCUAACAUCAUCUGACGAUGCUGCUGCAGUCCCAUCAUGGCAGAAGUGGGGUCGAUAUGCCAUGUUCGCUGGUGCUGCAGGCGCAGUGGCAGCCGGUGGCGCCGCUGCUCUUUACUCCCAACGCCAGAACCUGUCUGCAAGUGUUGACUGGGUAUCCUCGCAUCUCGCAUUUAUUGGAUGCUUGGCGCGAAAAUCUGAACUGGAGCAACGUAUCUCUAAAUUAGCAACCGUGGAGGAGGAACGGGGCAUUAGUUGUGUCAACUUCUACACCUGCCUUGGAAAAGGAGCGGGAUCCUUGGUAGAGAACAUGGCAACUGGAAAGACUUCAUUCACUCAGAAGAUCAUUCGUUCAAAGAACAGAACAUUUUGCGCGCUUCCACCAGCGGUGGAAAAUGGCGAGGAAGUCCCAACUUCAGCUCGGCCUGGACUCCGGUGGACAAAGGCUGUCAACAACCAAGCCACAGAUGAAGUGAAGGCACACGUCACCAUGUUUCUACCUAAAGAGAACCCUGCAUUUUUCGACCUUCUUAGUGAGGCCUCCAAGACGUUGGUGGCAUCGAUCGACAUGGGCUGGUACCAGACGUCAACGGGGCCGGACGAGGGGAACAACCCCAACCUCCAACCUGACGAGCGUGCACCAGGAAGCGACGACUUCAUGGAUGCGGAUGACGUCGUUGUCGUGGAUUGA